AUGGUUAAAGUGCAAUCAAAAGUUGAAGAUCUGGGAAAUACCCCUACAGAUACUGAGAUAAAGUCUGCUCUUAAAGGAAGCAACUCUACAAUUAAAAGUUCCAUUGCUACCUCCACUACCACCUCAUCACGCAUUCAAUUUAGAAUAUUUGUAGGGUCCUAUGAACACAAUUUGCUAUGCCUUUCGGUGAUUCUAGAUCCCUCCAACGUCAAAGAACCUGUAUUUCAACCCAUUUUCCACUUCCAGGCGCAUGCAUUGUCAAUCAAGUCUAUGGAUCUUGCCAAGAGGUACUUGGUUACAGGUUCAAACGAUGAGCAUAUUAGAAUUUACGACUUGCAAAAGAGAAAGGAACUUGGAACGCUAUUGAGCCACCAAGGGACAAUUACUGCAUUAAGCUUUUCAAAAGAAGCUACCGAAGUUUCAGAAUCUGCAUCUUCUGGAAGAUGGCUUAUAUCCGGCUCAGAAGAUGGGAAAAUUAUCAUAUGGAGAACUAAGGAUUGGGAGAUAUUUGCAACAUUGAAAGGCCACACAGACAAAAUCAAUGACUUGAGUAUACACCCCAGUGGCCGUGUUGCUAUUAGUGUAUCUCAAGACAAGACAAUAAGGUUAUGGAAUUUAAUGACAGCCAAGAAGGCAGCCGUUUUGAAGAUCAAAGGUAAGGAUCAUUUAGGGCAACUGGGGGAAUUUGUCAAAUGGAACCAUGCCGGUGAUUACUUUGUUGUAGGGUUGAACAAUCAAAUCCUCUUGUACAAGACUUCUACUGCAAAGAUUGCCAAAAAGUUCAAGUUUAAAACAACGUUGAUGUGUAUUGAUUUGUUGAAGGUUGAUGGCAAGGAAUGGUUGGUUAUUGGUUUUGGAGACGGAAAAAUUGGAUUCUACGAUUUUGAAUCUUUGUUGGAGGAUAUAGGUGACGAUGCUGAAGAGCAUGAGAGGAAAGUAUUGGAUAACAAAGCCGAAGAUAUCGAGCCGGUAUUUUCCCUCAGAGGUCAUACCAACCGUAUAAAAGGUGUCACUUUUAUGCAAAAUAAGGAGACUCAAAACAUCCCGCUAUUGAUAUCAGUCUCCUCGGAUGGAAAAAUCGUUGUUUGGAAUUUAGAAUUGAAGGACCAAGUGGCAGUUUACGAUACAGGAGAGAGAUUAAAUUGUGUUGUUUGUGCACCUGAAAGUGUUGAAAAAGUAGACACAAUGAAAAGAAGGUUUGCUUCGUUAGAUGAAAUGAAGGGAAAAGAAGAACUUGAUGUCAGUGAAUCAGAAUAUGAAACUGAUGGCGAAGACGUCAAAUCAAUAAUGCAAGGACCAAAGGGAACGAAAAAGAACAAAAACAAGAACAAGAACAAGAACAAAAACAAAAAAAGAAAAGUCAAUGUUACUCUUGAGUAA